CUGAGUCAUUGUUCCAUCUGUGGUUCAGACAUGUCAUUACCGAACAUGUCUGCCUCCAUGGUGGCUAGGGCGACCGUCCGAGCAGUCAGUAAAAGAAAGAUAUUAGCCACUAGAGCGGCUUUAACGCUGACUCCAUCUGCUGUGAAUAGGAUCAGGAACUUACUCGAGGAUAAACCAGAAUACAUUGGUCUGAAGGUGGGUGUGAGGACACGGGGCUGUAACGGUAUGACCUACACUCUGGACUUCACCAAGCAGAAGGAUCAGGCUGACGAGGAGGUGCUGCAGGACGGUGUGCGUGUAUUUAUAGAGAAGAAGGCCCAGCUCACUCUGCUGGGGACCGAGAUGGACUUUGUGGAGUCCAAGCUAUCCAGUGAGUUUGUCUUCAACAACCCCAACAUCAAGGGCACCUGCGGCUGUGGAGAGAGCUUCAACAUGUGAGAGGGCUUCCUGCUGAGGCCUGGUCUCCCUACACAGCCAAACGUCAUCCUCGCACCCAUACUCGCCACCCACAAACCCCCACUCACACACACACACCUCCCAACCCUCUCACACACACACACGCACCUCCCAAACCUCUCACACACACACACACCUCCCAACCCUCUCACACACACACACACCUCCCAACCCUCUCUCACACACACACACACACACACACACACACCUUACCUGGAGGCCUGGGAGUGAAGUGAAUAAAGGCCUGAUAAACACAACGUGAGACGUGAGAGAAGGAGUGAGACGUGAGAGAAGGAGUGAGACGUGAGAGAAGGAGUGAGACGUGAGAGGAGGAGUGAGACAGACAUGGAUGUUUCUGUGCUGCUACAGAACAGGAUGAGUUGUCUUCCUGUUGCUGUGGGUCUUGUGAUGGUGUACUGUAGGGCUAAUAUAAUCUAAACACUGGGCUGUGACAUGCUGAGCCCCCUAAAACUACAUCUACCAUGAAUCUAAACACUGGGCUGUGACAUGCUGAGCCCCCUAAAACUACAUCUACCAUGAAUCUAAACACUGGGCUGUGACAUGCUGAGCC